GAUAAAGACUACCGGUACAUGUAACAUACAUACUUGUCCGGCCCUAAAAAGGGGGUAAGGAGGAAGAUGGCAGAACAAAUUGUCAACAAAUUGUCGAAAGAUAAUUUCAACGCAGACGAAUAUGUCUUGGAAAUAGCAUCCGGUGGUGAUGUGUAUCAGGAUCUUCAGGAACACAAACAAAGGGUCCAGAAUCUUAACGAUGAUACGGCAGUCGCCCUCAAGAAAAAUGUAUACCGCAACUACACGCAGUUCAUUGAAACAGCCAAAGAAAUAUCAUACUUGGAAGGAGAGAUGUAUCAGCUUAGUCACAUUCUGACUGAACAGAAGACUAUCAUGACUCAACUACUAGACAUGUCUAUGGGAGGCAAAGAGGAUACAGGAAGGGACAAGAAUGCACCCCAAGCCCCGGAAGAACAUAAAAGAACCAUUGCUUCAUUACUUGAUAGAGUUGAAGGCUGCUCUAGAAUAGCAGAGGUCCCGGGUAGAUACAUCAUCUACGAUGCCGACCUGAUCGAGUUAGAUACAGACUCAUUUCAAGAGAUCCAGAGAGUUCAUGCCUACCUACUGAACGAUAGUCUUGUCAUCACAACCUUCAUCAGGAACAGACGAGGACCAGUGAGAUACAAGUACCAGGCCCUCUUUGAAUUGGACAGUCUGGCUGUAGUUAACGUCAGAGAUGUAGGACCUGUCAAGAAUGCUUUCAAAGUUCUGAGGUUUCCUGACCAGCACAUGUACAGCACUGAGACGGCUAAAUCAAAGCGUACCUGGCUGGAUAAACUUGAAGAAGCAAAGAAGAUCCAGGUCGCUGCCAAUAGUCAGAGGAGAGAGCUGGCUGAACAGAUGAGCAUCGACAUUCCAGAGGGAAAGAAUCCCUUUGAAGAAGAGGAAAACCUGUUUCUACAAUCGGUUUCCAUGGAAACAAGUAUGCUUCAAGUUGAUUGGUUGCUAGAGCUUCCUGAAGAUCUUGACAUGAGUAUUGCACAGAGGAACUUUGAAGAAUCAGUUGAUCUUAUUCUUAGAGCCAAUGAAUACUUGGAACAAGUACCGGUUGGCCCAUCACUAAAAGAGAUGAGGGCUAGAGUUGACCAUCGAGUGAAGCAGCUGACCGAUACACUGACCAGAGAGCUUCAAGUGUCACCUGACCGGUCACUCCGAGGCGGACCCCAGGUGACCAGGAGGGCCGUCGUACAGCUCAUCAGACUUGGCAAAUCAACUCAGGCUUGUGACCUGUUCUUGAAGAAUCGAAGUGCAGCCAUCAAGCAGUCUCUGCGACAACUGAGGAUAGAGGGCGCUACGAGCCUUUACGUCACCAAACUAUGUCACGUCUUCUUCAACCACAUCAUAGAAACAGGCAAGGAAUUCAGGUUUACAUUCUCCCAGAAUCAGGGCUGCUAUUCAGCUUUUGUUGUGUGGGCGAAGGCAGAGCUGCGUAGCUUUGUGAACCUCUUCUCCCGUCAAGCACUCGCCAAGCAGACGGCCCUGGUCACCGUUGCCGAGUGCGUUUGCAUCGCGAGGACGUCGUGUUCUCUGCUCUCUACGAUUGGAUUAGACCUCCUUUUUGCACUCAAUGGUUUAAUGCUGAAAGGGAUCAGAGAGGUGCUGCUAUUCAACAGGGAACAGUUUAUUGAGGCGUCUAGGCAUCGGAAUGUGGAGGAACGUUGGUACCCCUUGAAUUUAAAGAACCCCAAUGCAGCUAACAACCUGGUGAGAGACAUGCAGCAGCUAGGCUUUGACAAAUUCAACCAACUGGUCUAUGAUAGCUGUUUUGUGAACCUUGCUAAUAGUACCGUUGCAUUCACCAAAGUGGUCCUAGCUUUCCUGAAAGAUGCACUGAAACUCUAUGUACCAGAGCUAUAUCCAAACAUUGUAGAGGUGCUCGUUGAUGUCUUUGAUAACCACAUCCAGCUGGUAGAGGGCGCCGUCACCUCGGAUAGGUUCGAGGAAGAGCGGCAGUUCAUCUUGAAGAACGUUGAUUAUCUCUUCAAAACACUCCUACCUCUGAUUGAAAAGAAACUUACGGAUGUGGCAGGACGAAAGGUGAAAGAACUUCAGGACAUCCAGAAACGAAACCAAGUCAUCUCCUCGCGAGUCCGAACCCUUGGAGUUUUGAUCUGAUCGGUGGAAUUCUUCAGAUGUGCUGUUUACAUAUGAACUGAGGGGGUGUACCCAGUCUGCUCCAAGUCAGUGGUACAAAACCUUUGCCUGGAACCAUUCUUAGCCGUUUCAGUGGUCCGUUUCUUGAAGCUUGUUAUGAUAACAUAUAUAAACAAAUUUAACAGUUAAAAGCUACUGAAAUCCUUCAAUCUGAUUGGCUGGUAGUAAAUUUGUUACAGAUAUUGUGCGUUUGUUAUUAUAACAAGUCUUUAUGAAACAGGACCCACAUCACGGUACUGUGCCACUUGGUCUACUUUAUAUUUGGUCCCAUCCCACAUGGUCUAAUCCUAGUUCACCUAUUAGACAUAUGGUAAAUUCAAUUGAAUUAAUUACCACCUGUUCUACACCCACUGGCCCGUAUUCUGAAAUCAGGUUUAAAGUUGUGGUUUAAGUAUGGAUAGCCAAUUGUUACAUAAAUCACUAACGGUAGAGAUAUCAUAUUUCAGCUCAUUUGGCUCUCAAAUCAUUCAUAAUUGUCUAUGAAGUAUAGAUAGAUAAUUGUCUUUAUCAUGGAAUAAUCAGGAAAGAGCACAGUAAAUAUAAGAUACAUACAACUUAAUGAAAAAAAAUUGACACUUUAGGCUUCCCAUAAUUUUACAGGGGUGUGAGAGUUCAGAUUUUUAUCUGAUUUCAGAUUUUUGUCGUUUUGAUUUUCAGCUUAAUUUCGGCUUAUUUUUGGCUUUCCUCUGUACAAAAAGUAUGGGAGCUCUUUCUAUUUCAGACUUUUUCUACAAGUUUCAGCUUUUUUCAGAUCUUUUACUUUGUGACCACUCACACCCCUGAUUUUAGCACAGAGUUAGACCGUGGUCUAAGUUAAACCUGACUUCAGAAUACGGGCCACGUUUUCUACAUUCUGUUUGAUCUCAUCUCACAUGGUCUAAUCCAAGUUCAUCUACAACCAUUGCUCUGACGCACCAUUUGAUUUAAUUGCCAUAUGGCCCAUUUACCAUUUUGCCUGAUUUCCACUUGGUCUCACACCAUGUCAUCUUUAGAUGAAUCUAACUUUCGAUCACUGCCACGUAUAUGUUGGCCAUAACUGGGGGGCUUCCUAAGAAGAAUAAAAGAACUUUCAACGGGUUACGCCAUGAGCCAAAUGCAUUGCUAUGCCAAUGCAUCCAUGUACAUUAUCUCUUGUUAGGUAAACUUGGAACCCCCCCAAGUUAGUAAUCACCAUAAAAACAGCAUACAAUCCAAAUUGGUCUGUGUGAUUCGAUGAACCGUUCAUGAACCAAAUUUUCAAUUGACAAAGCAAAGAAAUGUAGACAAAGGUGAAAAUGAAAUGAAAUGAAAAAUGAAAAUCCAUAUUUUAUUGUUCGAAAUAGACAUGAAAUGAAAUACUCCGAAAAUUUGCUUUGCCCAAUUGAUCGUGGGCCCGGCAGCCGCUGUGCAGCGCCAGAUCGACGAGGCUCUAUACCUUUAAUCGUUGAACGCCAAACAGGGUAGCAGCAACUCCCAUCUUUUAACGUCUUUUGGUCUGACGCGGCCGGGGUUUGAACCCCCGACCUCCCGGUUGUGAGACAGACGCUCUACCAACUGAGCCAACACACUGGUUGGACCAUCAGGGAAGCAUUUUAUCAACAUUUGUCAUCAGACGAGUCGUCAGAUCUGACAACUUUCCUUGAUUUUGAUUGGCUGAGAAGCACUGUUACUUGUUGGAUAAAGCAAGACUUUUCAGAUGUAACAUCCUUUCAUGAAAUGGUCUCCUGACCAAGUGAUGUUUAGACCAUGUGGGAUAUUGACAAAAUUAAAUUGAUAGAAGACCCUGUGGCCCGUAUUCUGAAGUCGGGUUUAACUUAAACUCAGGUUUAAAGUUGUGGUUUAAGUAUGGAUAGCCAAUUGUUACAUAAAUCACUAACGGUAGAGAUAUCAUAUUUCAGCUCAUUUGGCUAUCAAAUCAUUCAUAAUUGUCUAGGAAGUAUAAAUAGAUGGUUGUCUUCACCAUCGAUGAAUCAGGAAAGAGCACAGUAAACAUAAGAAACAUACAACUUAAUAAAAAAUUUGACACUUUUGGCUUCCCGUAAUACUAGCACAGAUUUAGACCAUGGUCUAAGUUAAACCUGACUUCAGAAUACGGGCCUAUGGGUUUAGCCACAUGAUAGUGAUAGAUGAUCUGAGAAUUAGACCAUCUGCUAGUAUACCAAGUGGAUACACACUUGAGAUGGCACUGGACUAUGAAAGAUCAAUUAGAUCACCAAUUGUCAUGUCAUCUCAAUGCUGUCGAUCAGAACCCAUCAGGGACAACAUUUACAAAUGACUGUGAUUGAUCCAGGGGUGUGAGAGUUCAGAUUUUUAUCUGAUUUCAGAUUUUUUUGUUUUGAUUUUCAGCUGAAUUUCAGCUUAUUUUUGGCCUUCCUCUGUACAAAAAGUAUGGGAACUCUUUCUAUUUCAGACUUUUUCAACACUCUUCAGCUUUUUUCAGAUCUUUUUAUUUGUGACCACUCACACCCCUGGAUUGAUCCAAUCGACUACAUCUAUGGGAAGCCAGCAACGUCAACUUCUAACCUGCACGAUUGUUCAAAAUAUUUUCUAGAUAUGCUGUACAAUCAUACAUUCAUUAUUUUCUUGAAAAUUCAGUGUACUUCUCUUUGCUUUAUACAAAGGACAUUGCGCAAAUGUCCUGGAGAAAAAAAUUGUGGUAUUGAUGGAUUUCCAUGUACAGUAGCUGAGGUUGAUCGAAUCAGUCGUAAUUCUUUUAAGACAGGGCCCAGGGACCACAUUUACAGAUGGCUGUAAUUGAUCCGAUCUUGGAAAUCCCUCACUGUCACAAUAUUUCAUACAGGAGAUUUGAACAACCUCCUUUAGGGAAGAGCACAUUGAUUGUCAUACAUGAGUAUACAUCAUAUUUAUAAAGUUAUAAAGUUCAGAAACUUCAAAAUGCUGCCGUUCGCAUUGUUUCUCUAUCCACCAUGCGCACUCACAUUACUCCUAUUUUAAGAUCCUUGCAUUGGCUCCCUGUAAAACAACGUAUUAAUAUGUUAAAGAUUUUGUUAAUUUUCCACUGUGUCCAUAGCUCUUCUCCCCAGUACCUCUUUUCACUGAUCAAAAGUUAUACCCCUUCAAGAUCCUUUCAAACAAUACCUUAAAACAUUUCUCUUCAAUUCUUCUUAAUUUCCUUUAUAAUUUCCUGAAAAGCGCCUUGAGCACUCUACAGAGUGGAUUUGGCGCGAUUAAAGUCUAAUUAUCAUUAUUAUUAUAAAACAUUUUGAACAGACCUAUGCAGCCCAUAUAUUGGGUUUUUUGGCUUUUCAUAGUUGUGAUGGAUUGGAUCAAUCGCAACUCUUCGUAAGACUCGGCCCUGGAGCUAAUCUAACUCAGUCAACAAUCUCAAAUUGAGAUGAUACUGGCUUGAUGUGUUUGUAUUCGCGGUUUUGUUAAGAAAGGGUAAACUGUUGUAAUACACUUAUUACUGUUGCAUGUACUGUCAUUUUAAUUUACACUGUAUCUGUAUGACUUCAUGUGUUUAAAUUCAUAAUCAUGAAUUUUCUCAAUGUUAGCCAGUUUAGAAAAGACGGUGCCAGAUUUAUUUAUUUCAAAUGACUUCUCUAAAGAAAAAAGUCUAUGCCAAAUUGCCUGAAUGUCUCUAUGUUUGUAUUUGAACUAUGUAAGAAUUUUUUUUCAGAUGUAUUGUACAACUUAGCCUUGUAAUUGAUUUAUUUGUUAUGAAAGUAUUAAGAAUUGAGAAAUUAUCAGUGAAAAUGGAAGAUGAAAUCUGAAGCUUUUAUAGUAGAUUUAUAUGAUAUAGACACUUGAUUGUAUUCUUUUAUAUUAGUCAAAUUUCCUAUGUAGACCUCACAAGGUCAUCCAAUAUUGUUUUUCCUUUUUUUUUUAUAUACCCCUUUUAAACAUAGCUAUAAGAUUAAUAGAAAUUAACAUGAGCUAUGAUGUCUUCCCCUCUUAUACAUGUAGCAAAGGGAUUCUUUAAUUUACAGUGCCUGUUGAGUUUACUAAUAGUAUUAGUUUUGCCUUUUGGUACUUCAAUUUUACAUGUACCGUGAUCCCUUCUUUAUGUUGAACCAUAUGACCAAACCAAUCCUUCCGGGAAAAGGUGUCAUGAAUCAUCUCGUGAAAAUUUUCACUGAACAUUUUCAUUUCAACCUAUCAGAUGCCGGGAUUUCGGUAACUUAUAACCGGAUAUUUUGGUGAAAACUCAUCGUGACGGUUAUUGCUUUGUGUAACCCUCCCCCAUUCCACCAAUUGAAUGCUCGUUUAUGUGAAUAACUGAAUAUUCUGUAGAAAUAAUUUCCAUAUAUGUUGCUUUCACUACCAAGAAUGCAUGUCUACUUAGAUUGGAUAUAGAAGAGAAUUAUGUGCAAUAUCUUUAUAUGUUUAUGCUCUAAGAAAAAGUAAUAUUAAAGUUCAUUU